AUGGCAAAGCUGCUCUCGCCAAAAGCACUCACACCGAAGAAGGCAGGGAAGGUGAAGAAGAAGGGUAAAUCUGUGCGCAAGGUCACGGGAAAGGUGGCAUCGAAGGCGACAAAGGGCAAAGCUGCCCCUGGCGGAGCCAAAGGCGGUGGGUGUAAAUGCAAGAUGAAAGAUGCAUACAACUCUGAAGAUGAUUCCAGAAGCAGCCAAGACUCUCAUCGGAGUUCGCCAGAUAUACCCAGCAUGGGUUCUGAAGAAGAUCUGGCCAGCGAUGAAGAUUCAGAGGAUGGCGAGAGCAUAAUUGUGAAUAAAGGGAAGGGCAAGACUGUCGCCACCACGAACGGACACAAGUCUACCAAUGGCAGUGCACCUUAA